CGGAGCGUCAUGUACAUGGCAGAGCUCAGAGAGAUGCUGAAGAAAUACCUGACGGAGGAGAGGAUUGAGAGCACACUCAGGCGUGUGAGCCGGGCGUCUCAUCCUCCGGGCUCUUCAGAAGGAAACGCGGUGGCCAGAGAAAUCCUGCAGAACCUGCAGAACCUGCGCAUGGACCACACCUGGACCGACUCGCACUACGCCACGCUGCAGUUUCCCUCCAGGACGCAGCCCAACACGCUCUGGUUGGUCGAUUCCGAGGGGGAGGAGCUCGAGGAGAUUCCGCUGGACAGCGAGGGAUACUGCGCCUACAGCGCCCGCGGAACGGCCACGACUCCAGAUAUCAGAUAUCAUCCUCACCAUCACUGUAUCACUCUGAAUACAACACUCCUGAAUGAAGAUGACAACAGAGAGUGGAGAUGUGAAGUUACUCAGAGAGAUCAAGUCCAGACCUCAGUCACAUACACUGUCAAGAGUUCAGCUCAAGCUGAUUCAACGACAGCAGGGAUUCCAGUCCACAGCACAAAAUCACCUACAACAACAGCAGUGAUUCCAGUCACAGACUCACCUACAGCAGCAGGGAUUACUACAGAAGUGACUGUGACUGUUGUCUGCGCUUCAUUCGUUCUUCUUCUUCUUGCUCUGAUUCUUUGGAUGAUGAUUCGUAAGAAAAGAUCCGGUGUCAGAAGAGCGACUGAUGACUCUGUGGAUCCGUCAUCCAGAGCUGGGACCAACUCAUUGUUUUGCGAGUCACAAGUAAAUCUUGAGGCUCUGCAUUCAAGUCCCGAGUCAAGACAGACAAGUCCAAGUCAAGUAGUAAGUCCCCAUCUUUAA